CUCGGCGGCGGGCUCCUCCCCGCUGCUGACACCCGGUGGCGGCGGCGGCGGAGGCGGCGGAGGGGCCCGGGCGGCGGGGCCGGGCCGCGGGUUUAUGGCGGCGGCGCUGUCCGCCCUGGCUGCCAGGCUCUCCCAGUCGGCAGUGGCCAGGUCGUACGGCGUGUUCUGCAAGGGGCUGACCAGGACCCUCCUCAUCUUCUUCGACCUGGCCUGGAAGCUCCGCAUCAACUUCCCGUACCUCUACAUCGUCGCCUCCAUGAUGCUCAACGUGCGGCUGCAGGUCCAUAUUGAGAUCCACUGACUUGUCACUUGUUAUUCUGCUUGCACUCUAUGCUGCAACUACAGUCAGUCACGUUC